AUUUCAGGACUCUCUUUGGAGGCCCCCACGGAGCAGGAAGGGCAGGCCCCAGGCCUGGAGGAGAUGGAUGGAGAGUUGACAGUGGCCCCUACACCUGAGCAGCCAGCGCCAGGCGUCCACUUCGUCACAACGGCCCCUACCCUGAAGCUGCUUAACCACCACCCCCUGCUGGAGGAAUUCCUACAAGAGGGGCUGGAGAAGGGCGAGCUGAGGCCUGACCCACCUACAGCGAGUCCCCUGCCCCGCCUGGCCAACCAGGACAGCCGCCCCGUCUUCACCAGCCCCUCUCCAGUCAUGGCGGCAGCACCUACUCAACCCCAGUCCAGGGAAGGACCCUGGAGCCUGGAGUCAGAGCCCCCUGCACUUCGUAUCACAGCUGCCCUACCUCCAGGGCCCAGCAUGGCAGUGCCCACCCCAGGCCCAGGGGAGAGGCCCAAUACCACACCCCCUAGUGGAGCAUGGACUCCAACCCCAGAGGGUCCUGGAGACAUAGGCAGGCCCUGGGCUCCAGGGGUCCUGUCCCAGACCACAGGGCUCGGGAUGGAGAGGACCGUCGCCACCUCCACGGCUUCAGGGGACGAUGAGGAGACCACCACCACCAGCACCAUCAUUACCACCACCGUUACCACAGUCCAGCCACCAGGCCCUUGCAGCUGGAAUUUCUCAGGCCCAGAGGGCUCUCUGGACUCCCCCACAGCCUCCAACUCACCCCCUGACGUUGGCCUGGACUGUUUCUACUACAUCUCCGUCUACCCUGGCUACGGUGUGGAAAUCAAGGUCCAGAACAUCAGCCUCCGAGAGGGGGAGACCGUGACCGUGGAGGGCCUCGGGGGGCCUGACCCACUGCCCCUGGCCAACCAGUCUUUCCUGCUGAGGGGCCAAGUCAUCCGCAGCCCCACCCACCAGGCAGCCCUGAGGUUCCAGAGCCUCCCACCCCCUGCUGGGCCUGGCACCUUUCAUUUCCACUUCCAAGCCUACCUCCUGAGCUGCCACUUUCCCCGACGUCCAGCUUAUGGAGCUGUGACUGUCACCAGCGUCCACCCUGGAGGUAGUGCCCGCUUCCGCUGUACCACUGGCUACCAGCUGAAGGGUGCCAGGCUCCUUACCUGUCUCAACGCCACCCAGCCCUUCUGGGAUUCUCAGGAGCCAGUCUGCAUCGCUGCCUGCGGUGGAGUGAUCCGCAACGCCACCACCGGCCGCAUCGUCUCGCCCGGCUUCCCGGGCAACUACAGCAACAACCUCACCUGCCACUGGCUGCUUGAGGCUCCCGAGGGCCAGCGGUUGCACCUGCACUUUGAGAAGGUUUCCCUGGCUGAGGAUGAUGACAGGCUCAUCAUCCGUAAUGGGGACAACGUGGAGGCCCCGCCCGUGUAUGAUUCCUACGAGGUCGAGUACCUGCCCAUUGAGGGCCUGCUCAGCUCCGGCCGACACUUCUUCGUGGAGCUCAGUACUGACAGCAGUGGGGUGGCUGCUGGCAUGGCCCUGCGCUACGAGGCCUUCCAGCAAGGCCAUUGCUACGAGCCCUUUGUCAAAUACGGCAACUUCAGCAGCAGCGCACCCUCUUACCCUGUGGGGACCACCGUGGAGUUCAGCUGCGACCCCGGCUACACUCUGGAGCAGGGCUCCAUCAUCAUUGAGUGCGUGGACCCCCACGACCCCCAGUGGAAUGAGACAGAGCCCGCCUGCCGAGCCGUGUGUAGUGGGGAGACCACAGACUCGGCCGGCGUGGUGCUCUCCCCCAACUGGCCAGAGCCGUACGGCCGUGGGCAGGACUGCAUCUGGGGCGUGCAUGUGGAGGAAGACAAGCGCAUCAUGCUGGACGUCCGAGUGCUGCGCAUAGGCACGGGCGACGUGCUGACCUUCUAUGACGGGGACGACCUGACAGCUCGGGUCCUGGGCCAGUAUUCUGGGCCCCGGGGCCACUUCAAGCUCUUUACCUCCAUGGCUGAUGUCACCAUUCAGUUCCAGUCGGACCCCGGGGCCUCAGUGCUCGGCUACCAGCAGGGCUUCGUCAUCCACUUCUUUGAGGUGCCCCGUAAUGACACCUGUCCGGAGCUACCUGAAAUCCCCAAUGGGUGGAAGAGCCCGUCACAGCCUGAGCUGGUGCAUGGCACCGUCGUCACCUACCAGUGCUACCCUGGCUACCAGGUGGUGGGCUCCAGUGUCCUCAUGUGCCAGUGGGACCUCACCUGGAGUGAGGACCUGCCCUCAUGCCAGAGAGUGACUUCCUGUCGUGACCCUGGGGACGUGGAACACAGCCGACGCCUCAUAUCGAGCCCCAAGUUCCCCGUGGGGGCCACCGUGCAGUAUAUCUGUGACCAGGGUUUUGUGCUGACGGGUAGUGCCCUCCUCACCUGCCAUGACCGCCAAGCCAGCAGCCCCAAGUGGAGCGACCGGGCCCCCAAAUGUCUCCUGGAACAGCUCAAACCGUGCCAUGGCCUCAGCGCCCCCGAGAAUGGUGCCCGUAGUCCCGAGAAGCGGCUGCACCCAGCGGGGGCUACUGUCCACUUCUCGUGUGCCCCUGGCUAUGUGCUGAAGGGCCAGGCCAGCAUCAAGUGUGUGCCCGGACACCCCUCACAUUGGAGUGACCCCCCGCCCAUCUGUAGGGCUGCCUCUCUGGACGGCUUCUACAGCGGCCGCAGCCUGGAUGUUGCCAAGGUGCCAGCUGCCUCCAGCACACUGGAUGCUGCUCACCUCGCAGCUGCCAUCUUCUUGCCGCUGGUGGCGAUGGCGCUCUUGGUGGGAGGCGUGUACCUCUACUUCUGCAGGCUCCAGGGGAACAGCCCCCUGCAGCUGCCCCGGACACGACCCCGCCCUUAUGACCGCAUCACUGUGGAGUCAGCGUUUGAUAAUCCAACUUACGAGACUGGAUCUCUUUCCUUUGCAGGAGACGAGAGAAUAUGA